UUUCCCCUUUCGUUCGGGUGUCUCAGUGCAGGUCUCCGCUGGCUCGCGCCCCCUCCCCGGGCGCCUCCGCCACCCCUUUCCUCGGCUCGGCCGGGCCCGGUCCUUCCCCGAGUCCACCCAGGUCCCCCCAGCGCUCACCCCACCCCCCGACUCGUUUUAUCAGGGGCGCCGCCGUCUCACCUGGUAUUUGCAUCUCGCCCUCCAACUUGGCCAUUGGCGGCGCGACGUGUGGGAGAGCCCUGCGCCUCGCCCGCCCGGACCAGCCUGCCCCAGCGCCGAGGUUGCUCCUGUGGUUGGCCCAGCCCAGCAUGCAGCCUUGAGCCUGCUGUAGGCCACCACCCACUCCAUCUCUCUAGGUCCCCUACUUGUGUGGCUCAGGGGAGACUCUAGGUCCCAAAGUACGUGGAUAGCAUCUCAUCAAGAAAACACUGCAGCUCCAGAGACCCUGGGGAAUUCUGCUGUCAGCUCUCUGAGAAGAGGGCAUGGCUAUUACCCUGCAGCCCAGUGACCUGGUCUUUGAAUUCGCAAGCAACGGGAUGGAUGAUAUCCACCAGCUGGAAGACCCCUCGGUGUUCCCAGCCGUGAUUGUGGAGCAGGUACCCUACCCGGAAUUACUGCAUCUGUACUCAGGACUGGAGCUGGACGAUGUCCACAAUGGCAUCAUAACAGACGGGACCUUGUGCAUGACACAGGAUCAGAUCCUGGAGGGCAGUUUUCUGCUGGCAGAUGAAAACGAGGCCACCUCACAUACAAUGUCAACCACUGAAGUCUUACUCAAUGUGGAAUCUCCCAAUGACAUCCUGGAUGAGAAACAGAUCUUCAGCACCUCCGAAAUGCUUCCAGACUCAGACCCUGCCCCAGCCGUCACUCUGCCCAACUACCUGUUUCCUGCCUCUGAGCCUGAUGCCCUGAAUAGGGCCAGUGACACUGGUGACCAGGAGGAGCAUUCUCUGGAGGAGAGGGUCCCCAGAGAGGAAAGUCCUAAGAAAACUGGGAAAUCAAAGAAGAGAAUCCGGAAGACAAAGGGCAACCGAAGUACCUCACCUGUCACUGAUCCCAGCAUCCCCAUACGGAAGAAAUCGAAGGAUGGCAAAGGAAGCACCAUCUACCUGUGGGAGUUCCUCCUGGCACUGCUGCAAGACAGAAACACCUGUCCCAAGUACAUCAAGUGGACCCAGCGAGAGAAAGGCAUCUUCAAAUUGGUGGACUCCAAAGCUGUGUCCAAGCUGUGGGGGAAGCAGAAAAACAAGCCUGACAUGAACUAUGAGACAAUGGGCCGGGCACUAAGAUAUUACUAUCAAAGAGGCAUCCUGGCCAAAGUGGAAGGGCAGAGGCUGGUGUACCAGUUUAAGGAGAUGCCCAAGGACCUGGUGGUGAUUGAAGAUGAGGAAGAGAGAAUUGAAGCCCCAGCAGCUCCCCCUCAGGCCUCCACUUCCUCCGCAUCUUCCACUAGCACCACCCGGCGAGCCAGCUCCAGGGUCUCAUCCAGAGCUGCCCCCCAAGGCAAAAGUGGCCCUUCCUGGGAGAAGCCAAAGGUUCAGCAUGUUGGUCUCCGACCAUCUGCAAGUCUGGAAUUGGGACUGUCUCUAGAUGAGGAGGUCCCUACUACCUCCACCAUGCUUGUCUCUCCAGCAGAGAGCCAGGCCAACCUCACCAAAGCUGUGAGUACUUCUUCAGUGCCCAGCAAUAUCCACCUAGGAGUUGCCCCUGUGGGGUCGGGCUCUGCUGUGACCCUGCAGACCAUCCCACUGACUACGGUGCUGACCAAUGGGCCUCCCGCCAGUACUACUGCUCCCACUCAGCUUGUUCUCCAGAGUGUUCCACCUGCGUCAACGUUCAAGGACACCUUCACUUUGCAGGCCUCCUUUCCCCUGAAUACCAGUUUCCAAGAGAACCAGGUGGCAGCACCUGGGGCUCCACUCAUUCUCAGUGGCCUCCCUCAACUUCUGACUGGGGCCAACCGUCCAACCAACACAGCACCACCCUCGGCCACAGGCGCUGGACCAGCGGGGCCCAGCUCUCAGCCACCCGGGACUGUAAUUGCUGCCUUCAUCAGGACUUCCAGCGCCACAGCAGCUCCUGGGGUCAAGGAGGGGCCACUGAGGUCCUCUUCAUAUGUGCAGGGAAUGGUGACUGGGGCUCCCAUGGAGGGGCUGCUGGUUCCUGAAGAGACCCUGAGAGAGCUCCUGAGAGAUCAGGCUCAUCUUCAGCCACUUCCAACCCAGGUGCUUUCAAGGAGCUCCCACAACCCCAGCCUUAUGGGGAACCAGACUUUCUCUCCCCCCAGCCGCCCCACUGUUGGGCUGACCCCAGUGGCUGAACUUGAGCUCUCCUCAGGCUCAGGGUCCCUGUUAAUGGCUGAGCCUAGCGUGACCACAUCUGGGAACUUGCUGGCCAGAUCCCCAACCCCAGCUCCCUUCUCCCCAUUCAACCCCACUUCCCUUAUUAAGAUGGAGCCCCAUGACAUAUAAACAGAAGGGUCAGAAGUGUGGCCCACCAGGAGAAGAUAAGCAGCAUUUUCACAUGGACUGACUGAAGUAGCGUACCUGCCCUUACAUUUAGUGGGAUUUGAUACACCUGAUCCCCAGUCCCCCUAUCACUGUGGUCAAGCUAUGCCCAGUUUGAGCAUCCCUGGCAUCAGACCAUGGUCUUCAGGAGCACUAGGGCGUAUUCUCUUGACAGAAUGAUGAGCUGACUCGGUGAUGGAGGGGAAACUCCGAACCAGGGAGAAGCUUGUAGCCAGGACCAGCAGGCGACUUCAUAAGAAGAAUCUGGCCUGGCUGUAUCUCACCAUCUAUAUUCCCUCCACAGGGAACUUACUACCCCAUAUGUGAAUAUCUCUGUCUGUAUUUGUGUGUACUUGUGGGUCUGUAUCUUUGUUUCUUUGGGGAGGAUGGUAGUGUAGCUGCGAGGUCUUCAAGUGUGUGUGUGUGUGUGUGUGUCUGUGUGUGUGUGUGUGUGUGUCUGUGUGUGUGUGUAUCCAUGGAUCAGCCAUAGGAUAGGACUGUUUUUAAGGGAAAACAUUCUCUCCUUCUCUUUAUACAACUAUGAUUCAGUUGCUCUGAGACUAUGCACAGGUUGGAUCCCCCAAAUCUGGAGAGAUGUCACAGAACUGAAACAGGUCUUACACAGGAGAGCUCCAAUGGAUGCGCAUGUUGGGAAGAUGCACUCCUAAGAGGCAAGAAGGACAAGUGAGCCAAAACCACGGAGGGAGGGGAGAGAACUCAGCCCUGGGAGCAACCUCCACAGACUGCUCCAUUGCCUGCCACAGUCGCCAUGCUGGCAGGUUGGAGCCUGAAGUGCUUUGCUGAAGGAUUAUUGCGGGCAAAGCACCUACCUAGAGUCAGCCCCAGUCAGAAAGGCCCCAGCCAGGGCUGAGUUCAUUGAAGAUUUGUGCCCAAGGCUUGGGCUGUUUGUGUAAGAGUAGCCUUUGGCAUGCUGUCCUCCACACCCCACCCCAGGCUCCUUCUUCAUCACUUUCACCCUGGGAUUUUCUGACUGUCAGGCAUUGCUGAGGCUAGUCAGGCAGCAAACCAACUUGUGUCUGCCUUCAUUUCUGCUCCUGCAAGUGCGCCUGGGGGAAGGGGGUACCUGCUGCAUAGUCUCUACUGCCCAUCCUACCCUCUCACCUCAGAGCUGUGCCAGCCCCCUACCUUGGUGGCUCCAGUACAUGCCUCAGUGGACCACUGCUCAUUUUCAACUGUCACACCUAACUGAUUUUUUUCUUCACCAAGAAGACAGUAGCCAGCACAUACAAGUUCCCAUGGCGCCUCUCCUGUCUGAGUGUGGCUCCUUGCUUCCCUCUUUUCUCUAUCUGCGAAGGGUCAACUUACUCUCUGUUAAAAUCAACCCUCUGCUAAGGGCCAGGAUCCCUUCCCCUCUCCCUUCUUCAAGUCUGCUUGCCUCUGUCCUGCCAACUUUCGGGGCAAGGUUAAGAAGUGUCAGACUCAGAAGCAACUCUGUUCUCUAGUGAAUUCAGUUAAUGUGAAUCAGUGCCUCAGGACCUUUGCUAUGUAUGUCCUCAGUGCCAAAACAGCCACUUGACCUAACUACCUCCCCAGCUGCUCUUUUUUCUCUUCUGGUCAUCAUUCUCUCCAGCUCUCUUUUCCCCUCUCCUUCCCUGGGGAGGGAACCAUAUAAAGGCUGUGCAGGUGCAUUUACUACACAUUUCCAGCAGUUGGCAUUGAAGUGCCUUUUUCCAAUAAAAGCAGAUUAUCACAAUCUCCUGAUGGUUGAAAAUAAGCACCUUAAAUGAGGGUCAGCAUUUAAAAACAGUGCACACAAAGGCACAGCAUGGGUGAGGAGUGGCUCUGCCCCAGUCUGAAAUCUGAUUUCUGUUCUCUCCCCCGCCCCCACCCACCCCCCUCCGGACUCAUCAUCUGAAAAAGAAACUCAUCAUCUGAAGGCUAUCAAUAUUCUCAUGGUGAAAUCAAAGUCUUCUUCAUAGUUCUGAGUCCUUGCUUAGCUGGGCUCUUCAUCCCCCAUCGUCCUUUCUCUGUGCCUAUGCAGGCACCUCAGCUCCCCUUUCAACGCAGGUGUUCCCCAAGAGUCUUGUAGUCACAUGGCCCAGCUCUUUGGGAUGAAUCUUAAAUCCAGCCCCUGCUUUUCUCCUAAGCCCCUGGUUCAUUGCUCUAGCAAUCUGCUGGACACUUCCACCUAAAUAUGUCAGCCCCUCUAUCAAAUGCGGACUUUUAAA